UGCACGUAGUUGUAGUUCCAGUUCUGCACAGGUUCCGAGUAUUGCCAGUCAAGAUGGAUUUUGUUUACAUCGAUGUUAACGAUGACCCGUACUUCAAAUAUAUAUUUGUAUAUCAGAUUUUAUACAAGCCAGUUAUUCUCCUAACAUUCGUCGCUAUGAAAACAUUAUCUUGGUCCUGCAUUAUAUUUGCAAGUAGCCAAUUAGAUAAUUUACGUGACAAUAUUAUAAAUAUGAAUUCUUCUGUGAGAAAUUUCAUGAAAACAAAUGAUUGUGAUAAACGUUUUGCGUUCAAAGAAUUAUUUAAACUUUGCGUACAACAUCAUAAUUCUAUUUUAAG